AAGCAAGGUCUCCUGCCUAGCUUGGAAGAUCUUCUCUUCUACACUAUUGCAGAAGGGCAAGAUAAAAUACCCGUUCAUAAAUUCAUUACUGCGCUCAAAUCUACAGGAUUACGUACAUCUGAUCCCAGGUUGAAAGAGUGCAUGGAUAUGUUAAGACUGACCCUUCAAACAACUUCAGAUGGUGUUAUGCUGGACAAAGACCUUUUUAAAAAGUGUGUACAAAGUAAUAUUGUGUUGCUCACUCAAGCUUUCAGGAGGAAGUUUGUCAUUCCAGAUUUUAUGUCAUUUACUUCCCAUAUUGAUGAGCUAUAUGAAAGUGCUAAAAAGCAAUCAGGAGGAAAGGUCGCUGACUAUAUUCCCCAGCUGGCCAAGUUCAGCCCGGAUUUGUGGGGCGUCUCGCUCUGCACAGUGGAUGGGCAGAGGCAUUCGGUCGGAGAUACCAAAGUUCCAUUUUGUCUUCAGUCCUGUGUGAAGCCUUUGAAAUAUGCUAUUGCUGUUAAUGAUCUUGGCACCGAAUAUGUGCACAGAUAUGUUGGUAAAGAGCCUAGUGGAUUGAGAUUCAACAAAUUGUUCCUGAAUGAAGAUGACAGGCCUCAUAACCCUAUGGUGAAUGCUGGAGCAAUUGUGAUCACAUCCUUAAUCAAGCAAGGAGCAAAUAAUGCAGAAAAAUUUGACUAUGUGAUGCAAUUCAUGAAUAAAAUGGCGGGUAAUGAAUAUGUUGGAUUCAGUAAUGCUACGUUCCAGUCUGAAAGAGAGAGCGGAGAUAGAAACUUUGCAAUAGGCUACUACCUGAAAGAAAAAAAGUGUUUUCCAGAAGGAACGGAUAUGGUUGCUAUCCUGGACUUCUAUUUCCAGCUUUGCUCUAUAGAAGUGACGUGCGAGUCGGCCAGCGUGAUGGCAGCCACCCUGGCCAACGGCGGCUUUUGCCCCAUCACUGGUGAGCGAGUCCUGAGUCCCGAGGCAGUCCGCAAUACCCUGAGCCUGAUGCAUUCCUGUGGCAUGUAUGACUUCUCAGGGCAGUUUGCCUUCCAUGUUGGUCUUCCUGCAAAAUCGGGUGUUGCUGGUGGGAUUCUUCUGGUUGUUCCUAAUGUUAUGGGCUUGAUGUGCUGGUCACCUCCUUUGGACAAGAUGGGCAACAGUGUUAAGGGAAUUCACUUUUGUCAUGAUCUGGUUUCUCUGUGCAAUUUCCACAACUAUGACAAUUUGAGACACUUUGCRAAGAAGCUUGAUCCUCGCAGAGAAGGUGGUGAUCAGCGGGUGAAGUCCGUGAUAAACCUGCUGUUCGCUGCCUACACGGGGGACGUGUCGGCGCUGCGGAGGUUUGCUCUAUCAGGAAUGGAUAUGGAACAAAGAGAUUAUGACUCACGAACAGCACUGCAUGUAGCAGCUGCAGAAGGACAUGUGGAUGUCGUUAAAUUUUUACUGGAAGCGUGCAAAGUGAAUCCUUUUCCCAAAGACAGGUGGAAUAACACUCCAAUGGAUGAAGCUUUACAUUUUGGACACCAUGAUGUGUUUAAAAUUCUUCAAGAAUAUCAGGUCCAGUACACGCCGUCGGAGGAUCCCAACAACGGCAAGGAGAACCGAACGGUUCACAAAAACCUCGAUGGGCUACUAUAACCCUCCUCAGCUAGAGCCUAAGAACCCAMUCACUUACCUAUUUAAUUGUGGUAUGCAUAAGUAAUGAAGAGCGUGUGUGUUUCUAUCGGAUAGUGGUAUAUAUUUUACAGAAGUCUCUGUUACUUCAGUGUUAUGUUACAGGAGUUUCUAUACGCACAGGACAAAUCCAAACUCUCUCUCUCUCCAAAAAAAAAAAAAAAAGAAAAAAAAAGAAACCAAGUAAGAAUCUCCCUCCAUAAUGUGAGCAAUAUUACCUCAUGCUGCAUAUAAUUGAUGUAUAAAAAUAUUUAGCUGUUGUUGGCUUUACCGUGCACUAUUUAUUUUUUUUGUUCUGUGUGAAUGCUAUUCUGUGGUCACAAAUUUUCCACUGUUUUUUUUUUCUCCGGUUUCUAAAGCCUUGUGUUCCCCGAUUGGCCAAGCCAGAGCAGGGAGGCCUUUCCCAGAGCUGAGGAUGCUGAUGUAGGUGAAGYAAGCAAAGAUCUGCACUUAACUUGGUUUAAAAUAAUAAUAAUUCUACCCAAUCCUGUGCCCCUAUUACYGCUGUGGAAGGACGAUGUUGGUGGGAGUUGUCCAUGGCCCUGUGUGGGGACGCGCUCCAGGGGUUGUUCGGCCAAGCUUCCUGCCGGGAGGAGCCCGUGGAGAGGAGCUCCAAGGAGGGGCCGAGUCCAAGGGGGAGCCUGGAGCCCAGGAGCACCUCCCAGCUCAUGGUCUGUGUGUCCUGAGUCACUUCCACCUGAGAACGAGAUGAAAAAAAUGGCCUUGAAAGGGCCUUUAGCUCCUUACUGGGCCUGACUGGCCAUGACUGAGUAGCACGAGGCUGGGUUUUUUUUUUUUUUUUUUCCCUGUUUUUUUUCUCCCCUCUUGCACCCUAAACUAAAUCCCUGCCUAUCUUUGCUGGCAAGAAAUCCACCAAAAUUUAGGAAAAUUUAGAAAAUUAUGGAAGAAUCAAGUCCUUCAGAUGGACUGUAGUGUUCUCCAUCUCAAUGCCAAUCUAACU